UCAGUCUCACUCACCCUUCCUAAAGUAAAAUCCCAAUGGCCUCAGAUUCCCUUCUUCUCGGCCCACCCCAGAUCAACACCCAAAGCACCACCACUACCGCCAUCGAGUCCUCAGUUGAAACCCUAAAUCUUUCAACCCAAGAACCCACACUCGGCUUCACAGAAAACUGUUCGUUAACCUACAAAGAGACAGGAAACCCAUGUUUAGAUUUCUUUUUCCAUGUUGUCCCCUCCACACCAUCCCACGAAACCGUCGAGCGAGUCCAAAAAGCCUGGGCCUACCACCCUCUCACCACACUCAAACUCAUCUGUAACCUCCGUGGUGUACGUGGCACUGGAAAAUCCGACAAGCAACGGUUCUAUACGGCGGCGCUUUGGUUCCAUAAACACCACCCUAAAACCCUAGCCCUCAAUGCUAGAUCUUUCGCUGACUUCGGUUACUUCAAAGACCUCCUGGAAAUUCUUUACCUAAUUCUUGAAGGUGAGUCGGCACGCGAAAUCGCCAAGAGAGAAUGGGACCAGAGAAAAGCAGCCAUGGGCAUAGGCAGAAGAAUGCAAGGCAGGGGAAGAGUCACAGGCAGAAUGCGUUCUCUCGCGAGAAAACACCUCGCAAAUAUGAAAGAAACCGAGAGGAAUAAGAACAAGAAUAAGACUUCAAAGUUGCCCAAGGAGUUGAGGGUUAAGCAGAAUAUCGCUAAGGUCAAUCUCGAAAGAGAGCACGCAAGGACGAUGAGGAAAGAACGGGUCUUGGCCAUGGCCAAGAAAGCUUUCGAGAGGUAUAAGCGAGAUCCGGAUUAUCGGUUCUUGCAUGACGCUGUUUCCGAUGUUUUUGCUGACAUGUUGAAGGCUGAUAUGCAAGCUUUGAAUGAAGGAAAGCAUAGAGAUAUCAGUCUUGCAGCGAAAUGGUGCCCUACGAUUGACUCGGCCUACGACAAGUCCUUGUUGAUAUGCGAGAGCAUUGCUAAACGGGUUUUCCCUAAAGAGUCUGACCCGGAAUAUCAAACCCUAGAAGAUGCUCACUAUGCUUAUAGAGUCCGAGAUAGGUUGAGAAAGCAAGUUUUGGUCCCACUCCAUAAGGUUCUGGAACUCCCCGAAGUGUAUAUGAGUGCAAAUAUGUGGGAAACCUUGCCUUACAACCGUGUACCUUCUGUGGCAAUGAAGAAUUACAAGGAACUCUUUCUGAAACACGACAACAAGCGAUUCCAGGAGUACCUCGAAAGCGUGAAGCAUGGUGAGGCAACAAUCGCGGCGGGUGCGUUGCUCCCACAUGAGAUUAUCGCUUCGUUGAAUGACGGCGAUGGAGGACAGGUGGCGGAGCUUCAGUGGAAGAGAAUGGUGGAUGACUUGUUGAAGAAGGGCAAGCUGAGUAACUGCAUUGCGGUUUGUGACGUGUCGGGGAGUAUGGACGGUCAACCUAUGAAUGUUUGUGUGGCUCUAGGGUUGAUGAUCUCGGAGCUUAGUGAGGACCCAUGGAAAGGUCAAGUGAUAACUUUUGACACCAACCCUACCAUUCAAAUGGUUCAAGGAGAUAGCCUGAGUGAAAAGACUCAGUUUAUUAGAAAUAUGCAGUGGGGUGGGAGCACCAACUUUCAGGCUGUGUUUGAUCAGAUUCUGGAUGUGGCUGUUCAAGCAGACUUGACUGAGGACCAACUUAUACAAAAAGUGUUUGUUUUCAGUGAUAUGGAGUUUGAUGAAGCAUCUGGGCAUUAUGAGUAUGGUGGUUAUUAUGGUAUGGAUGAUGAUUCUUCGGAUAUGGAUAGUGACGAGUCGGAGAGCGAUGUGAAUGAGAGGAGGCAGAGGCGGAAUGAGGCUACACAACAGCGAGAGAGAGAGGCUAGGCUGAGGAGGUCAGGGUGGGAAACUGACUAUGAGGUUAUACAGAGAAAGUUUAGGGAGAAGGGGUACAAUAAGGUGCCUGAGAUUGUGUUUUGGAACCUUAGGAACUCUAAGGCCACUCCUGUUCCAUCCGAUCAGAGUGGGGUGGCUCUGGUGAGUGGGUUUUCUAAGAAUUUGGUCAAGUUGUUCUUGGAAAAUGGUGGGAUUAUCAACCCUGUUGCUGUCAUGCAUGAAGCUAUCUCUGGAGAGAUGUACCAGAAGCUUGCAAUCUAUGAUUAAUGUCCAUGACUUUUUUAGGAGCUUUUUUAAGUAGUAGUUGUUCAUGUUAAUUUUCCUAUUUUCAUCUUUAAUGAAAUAAAUUUUGCAAUAA